CUCUAGGUCACUUCACUGUCAUUGUCAAAAACGCCAUUUUGUCAUUCGUUUUCGUUGUUAUUUUACUUCACAAUUUUGUCGAAUUGUUUUCUAUUUUGUAGUUUUUUUUAUUCUAAAUGCAGAUGAGCCGUAUGGGUUCGCCGUCAGUCGCAAUGGACGAAGACACGGGCGCUGGUCAGGUGUUGAGCGAUUUUCUCCUGCAGCUUGAGAACUACAAUCCCUCUAUCCCUGAUUCAGUGGUCGCUCACUACCUGAACAUGGCUGGCUUUGAGUCGCAGGAUCCUAGGUUAAUCCGGCUCAUAGCUUUAGCAUCUCAGAAAUUCCUUUCGGACAUCGCCAAUGAUGCCCUCCAGCAUUGCAAGAUGAGGACUUCCAGCCAACUAACGCAGUCCUCCAAGAACCAAAAAGGACCCAAAGAGAAGAAAUACAUAAUGGCCAUGGAGGACCUAGUGCCAGCGCUCCAAGAGUACGGCAUAACAGCGAGGAAGCCGCAUUACUUUGUCUGAAUAUUAUUUAGUUACGUAAUCAUAAGUUUAAUGUACAUGUUAAGUUUCUUGAAUUGUAAAUUUUGAUUAUAUCAAUACAUAUAAAGACGGUAAAAACAUUA